AUGUCAUCCCAGCCCCUCAAAAAGAUUGUUGUAGUCGGCGGUUCUGGAGCCGCAGGAGCACCAAUAGUCCGAGCCCUUCUGGAAGCCAAGAAGUUCCAAGUAUCCGUGCUCAGUCGCGCCGGAUCCCAAUCGACAUUCGCAGAGGGCGUUAAUGUCAUCAAAACCGACUAUACGCAUGACAAGCUCGUCGCCGCACUGAAGGGGCAAGACGUCGUCAUCUCGACCAUUACCACAUUUUCAGUCGACCAACAAAAGCUUCUCAUCGACGCCUCAGUCGAGGCCCGUGUGCGUCGGUUUUUGCCGUCAGAGUUCGGCGUGGAUACUUCUGACCAGAGCAUUGGCAAACUUGUUCCGCCUGCCGGAGUCAAGAACGAGACCGUGGCCUACCUCAAGACCAAAGAGUCAUCUGGCCUGAGCUGGACUGCAGUCAUCGUGGGCGCAUUCUUUGACUGGGUGUUCGACAAGCCGGGCGUAUUGGGCUGGAAUUUGCCAGAGAAGUGCGUCACUAUAUUCGAUGGUGGAGAUGUCGAGUUUGAGGCCACGAACCUUGCACAAAUAGGCCGCUCGGUGGUCGCCAUCCUGGAACGCGCCGACGAGACUGCAAAUCAAUAUGUCUAUGUCAACAGCUUCACAACCACGCAGAACAAGAUGUUGAAGGCAUUCGAAAAGCUCAAUGGAGAGCAGUUCAAGGUGACACAUGCAAGUAUGGAGGAUUACAGCAACGCGGCACAAGAGAAGAUCAGGUCGGAUCCGGGUAAGGGAGCAAUGUUCGUUCAAGGUGGAUAUGAAGCGAUCAUCCUCAUCAUGCUCAACCAUCGAGGAUACUGUGAGUAUUCGAAGACGAAGGGGCUUUGGAACAAAAGGCUUGGACUGCCAGAGGAGAAGCUGCAGGAUACUGUCAGGGCUGUUCUAGCCAAAGCUGCGGCAUAA